CACCCGGCUCUUCCCUCCCGGCGCCGGAGUUCCGCCGGGCGCGAGCCGGCCCGCCCAGCCCUCCUCGCCGGGCGCCGCCCGCCGCGCCGACGUGGCCGAGCGCACAGGUCGGCCGGGUCAGGUGGUUGGGUGACGCCCCGGGAAAGCGCUCCCCGCCGAGGGCGGGCGGCGCCGCCGCGCCCGACGCCUCCGGGGGAGGGGACUUCGCGGGAGUCGCGGGCGGAGGCGAGGAGGAGCGCGGCGCGGUGCGGAGCGGAGCGGCGGGCGUGCGUGCGAUCCGAGCGGGACGGGCUGCAGGCGGCGGAGGCGCAGAGGACGCGAGGCGGCGGGCGGGAGACAUGGACCGCGGCGAGCAAGGUCUGCUGAGAACAGACCCAGUACCUGAGGAAGGAGAAGAUGUUGCUGCUACGAUCAGUGCCACAGAGACCCUGUCAGAGGAGGAGCAAGAAGAGCUAAGAAGAGAACUGGCAAAGGUAGAAGAAGAAAUCCAGACUCUGUCUCAAGUGUUAGCAGCCAAAGAGAAACAUCUAGCAGAGAUCAAACGGAAACUUGGGAUCAAUUCACUACAGGAACUAAAACAGAACAUUGCCAAAGGCUGGCAGGAUGUGACAGCAACAUCUGCAUACAAAAAGACAUCUGAAACCUUAUCUCAGGCUGGACAGAAGGCGUCAGCUGCUUUCUCAUCUGUUGGAUCAGUCAUCACCAAAAAGCUGGAAGAUGUAAAAAACUCCCCAACUUUCAAAUCAUUUGAAGAAAAGGUUGAAAACUUAAAGUCUAAAGUAGGGGGAACCAAGCCGGCUGGCGGGGAUUUUGGAGAAGUCUUGAAUUCAACUGCAAAUGCCAGUGCCCCGGAGCCUCUUCCAGAACAGACGCAGGCGAGCCCAUGAGGUCCUUACCUUUGUUCUGCUACCCACUGCCAGAUGCUGCAAGCAAGAUCCAAGCACAUCUUGUCAACAUUCGUUGCCGUGAAUUUCCACCAGAUGUGCUUUUAAUUAGCUUUACAUAUUCAUUUGACCAAAUAGUUUGUGGGUUGAACAAAAUAAAAGUAUCUUCACUUCUGUUCCUGGGAAACACCCUUUAAUGUGCAUUUAAGGGCCCUGAUUUAGGAAACACCAUUAUAAAAAACCACAGGUAAUCCCUGGGGAUCCUCAUUAGAAUGAUCUCCGAAGCUUCAGGUUAUCAUAAUUGCUUUCCUACUUUACAAAAUUGCUCUGGAUCUGGGAUGCCACUUUGAUCUUUGUCUUCAAUAUGAUUUUCUUGUUUCCUUCUUGAACCUCUGUGUAUUUGAUUGCUAACUAAAAUUUUCUUUAAAAUUUCCUGAAUCCUGGUUAUUAAAAGUUUUGGCAUAAUUUUCUUUACCUCCGAGGGAAGAACGACCAGCUACAAAAAAUAUUUUUGAAUAAGCAUUGUUCCGAUAGAAGGUAUAUCUUUUGUGUCUGAAGACAGCAGACUAAAUAAAUCAGAUCUACAUCCAAUUUGUUAGUUUGGUAAGUGACAACGUGUGAGGUAGUUCAGAGUCCUAGGUAACUUGAGAGUGGAAUCCUCACAUCCUCGUCACCAUUUGUGACAGUAACCAUUUCAGUAUAUUUGUUAUUAUGCCACUUCUCUUAACUUACUUUUCAUGAGACUGAAUUUCUAGUUUCAGAGUAAGUUGCAAAAUAACAUUUUGAAUCAGGCAUAUUGUAAUUACCAGCAGGUUGAAAUAUGAACACUCUCAUCACCUGUUCCAUUCAAAAGCCUGAACGUUUUUUAGAUCUCAGUAGCUGUAAAAAUGCUAAGAUCAAUCACAUUAGGGGAGACGUUGCUGUCUUCAUUUAAUUCAUUUAGCACCAUUUAAAAAUAAGCACACGAAAUUGUAUGACUAAACUUGAAAAGAUUUUACACUAAGGGUUGGUGGUAGGUAACUCCUGAGGAUUUAAUGCAUUAAUGAAAAUCAACUCAUUGUUUUCUACUUAUUUGUUUUCAUUGUGUUAGAAAUUAUAAAAUGUAGACAUUGCCCCCCUACUUUGAAAAAAUGGCAGGGCUGAAUGAACCAAAGCCUCUAGAAGUAUCUGCAUGGAGGCCACGGUACUCUCUUCUAAUAGCUACUUACUCAUCACUAUUACCUUUUCAUUAUUCUGUGUGUGGUUAUGGCCUAUAAUGUUGUAUUUGUUAUUUAUCAAGUUGUGAUUGUUUUAGUAUUGUUUAUGCCAAAUGUUAAUUGCCAAGCUUGGAGUGACCUGAGGCAUUUUUUUUUUUAAAGCAUGACUAGAUUUAACUUCAGGAUAAAUUAUCUUAUGAAAACCAAAUUUGAAAAGCCACAAGUGUUGAUUGUUAUGAGUAACAUGCUGCCAUUCUUGAUUGCUAGAGCUUUUGUUAUAGCACUUUAGAUGCAACUGAAAAUAUGCUCUAUUAAAUGUGAAAAGCCUAAUAAAUUCUGUCUAUCAGUAGUAUAGGUCUCAAUAUUUAUUGUGAGACCAAUGGUCUGGAAACAGCUUGUAUUAAAUAAUCAACUGGUGUCUAUGCAAAAAAAACAUUUUUUUUUUUACUAUCUGCUUUAAAUCACUACUUAAUGGUGUCAGACUAACAUAUAAAUUAUUUCCUUGAAGAGGCUUUAAGGCAAUUGUCCCAGUUGUUGAAGCACUGUCCUGGAGGACUGGAUCUGUAAAAAUUUGUCUUUUUAUAGAAAUACUGUGGUUACUCAUCAUAACUGUUAAAUUAUUUUUUUCCAACUAGUCUUUCAUUUUUUUUUUAAUCAUCUUUUCAUCACAUUGUUUCUUGGGUGUCCUGCCCUGUUACUAUCUUUCAACUUUGGCUGAGUGAAAUAUAUUCAGAUCUCUACUUUAUAAUGAGAAAUGAUAGAAUAAGGAGUGGAAAAUGGGAUGGGAGUAUGUGAGUAUUGGUGAUGGUCAUGAAAGAAAUUGGGAGAAUUGCUUUUCCAGAUAUCUACCUAUACUUAAUUUUAAAUGAUUUAAUCUUUUGCAAAGCACUCUGCAUCUUAAAAGUAGUAGUAAAAAGUAGUGAGAGAUUGAAUUUAGAAAAACAAACAUAUGGACUUAGAAGUAUUAUUCAAAAUAGUCUUUGUGGAAGAUUCAAUAUGAAUUCACAGAUAUUUAAGAAAUUUGGAACAUAGUAAUUAUUAAAAAUACCAGAGAGUUCCUGGUCACUCUAUUGAAUUUUGUGUUUGACACUGUAAGAAAACAGUAACUUGAGAGUGAAAUCUCAGAUGUUUAAGUGAACAAGAGGUGUGACAGAAGGAAAUAAUCCCUAAAAUUAAUCCCUUUUUACAAAGGAUUGUCUUCAAUUUAUGGAGUUUGUGGAAAAUAAAGCAAGAAUUCUCAUGCUUAUGAGGCCAAAGUAAUCAUUGGAAGAGAGAAUUCACUGGAUUAUUCUUUUAGUAAUUCAAACUACUGAAAUAGAGAAGAGAAAAAAAACACGUUUAAUUUGGAAUCACGGUUUCUGGAUCUGUUUAUCAUUAAAUGCACACUGUAUUUUUUUUUUUUUUUGUAUAGUAUUUGAAAACAAUAAAAAUUCUGUAAUUUGGG